AUGCGGUUCACCACCCACGUUUCCUAUAUCGGUACGGCGCUACUGUCGCUAGCAUCCAGCUCGCUGGCAUUUUAUCUUCCCGGUGUCGCUCCGUCAUCGUACAACAAAGGCCAAGCAGUCCCGCUCAAUGUCAAUCACUUGACGCCCGGCUUGUCGCGCGAUGAUCAGCUUCACUCGGUCUUCUCUUACGACUAUUACAAAGAUUCAUUCCACUUCUGUCAACCUGAAGGGGGGCCACGAGAUGUAAGGGAAUCAUUGGGAAGCAUUCUGUUUGGCGAUCGAAUUCGCACGUCACCGUUAGAGCUUCACAUGGCGCAGAACGAGACCUGUAAAGCAGUUUGCGGAGAGGUUAUAUUUGACGCGCGUAGUGCGAAAUUCACGAAUCGUCGAAUCGCGCAAGGGUACAACAUCAACUGGAUUGUGGACGGGUUGCCCGCGGCGCAGCUCAACUACGACAGCAACACCAAUACUCAGUUCUACAGCCCCGGAUUUGCCCUUGGGGACGUGGAUGAGAAUGGCCAAUCGGUGCUUUAUAAUCACUACGAUAUUAUCAUUGAAUAUCACCGUGUGGGCUUCGGCGGCAAAGAUCAAUACCGCGUGGUCGGUGUGCAUGUGCAGCCAGAAUCUCGUCGUGACUCUCGGGUCUUGGAGGAUGGCACGGCCGACUGCGGUACCCAAGACAGCCUUUUGAUCCUCAGCGAAGAAUCCGACACUCCCGUCACCUGGACAUACAGUGUCUAUUGGAAAGAAUCUUCCACCGCGUGGGCCACCCGAUGGGACAAAUACCUGCACGUCUAUGACCCGAAGAUCCAUUGGUUCUCCCUAAUCAACUCCGCUGUUUUCGUGGUCUUUUUGGUGGGUAUGGUCAGCAUGAUUUUGGUGCGUGCUCUCAAGAAGGAUAUUGCUCGCUACAACCGGCUCGACCAAAUCGACCUUGAUGACCUGAAUGGCACCUCGGGCGCAAUUGAGGAUGGAAUCCAAGAGGAUUCUGGAUGGAAGCUCGUUCACGGAGAUGUCUUCCGCUGUCCCCAGUCACCUCUUCUGUUGAGCAUUCUGGUUGGCAACGGUGCUCAACUUUUCAUGAUGACCGGCGUCACCGUUCUAUUCGCACUUUUUGGACUUCUUUCCCCCGCCAAUCGUGGUUUCCUGGCUACUGCCAUUCUCCUGAUCUCUGCCUUGUUUGGUGCCAUCGGAGGUUAUGUCUCAUCCCGGGUCUAUAAGUCGUUUGGGGGUGAAGCCUGGAAGCGGAACAUUAUCAUGACUCCGCUUCUGCUUCCGGGAGUUAUCUUCACCACAUUCUUCAUUUUGAAUCUUUUCGUUUGGGCCAAGGGCUCAAGUGGCGCUGUACCCUUCGGUACCAUGCUCGCCUUGGUUCUGAUCUGGUUUGUGAUCAGUGUGCCACUGAGUGUGGCCGGUAGCUGGCUCGGCUUCCGACAAGCGGCCAUUGAGGGUCCAACGAAGACCAAUCAGAUCCCUCGUCAGAUCCCACCCAUGGCGGGCAGUCUGCGUCCGGUCCCUUCCAUUCUUCUGACCGGAAUUCUGCCCUUCGCUGCGAUCUUCGUAGAGCUGUAUCUGAUUACUUCCUCACUCUGGACAAGCAAGAUCUACUACAUGUUCGGCUUCCUUUUCUUGUGCUAUGGUUUGAUGAUCAUCACCUCUGCUGCGACCACUGUCCUGCUUGUCUACUUCUUGCUUUGCGCGGAGAAUUACCAAUGGCACUGGCGUGCCUUUGCCGGUGCAGGAAUGACAGGCGGCUAUGUGUUCCUCAAUGCCUUGAUCUUCUGGGCCACCCGGGUCAGCUUCGGUGGUCUGACCGGCGCCGUGUUGUAUGUGGGAUACUCGGCGCUGAUUGGCUUUGUUGUCUUUGUUCUCACUGGCUCUAUCGGCUUCUUUGCCAGCUGGGCGUUCAUCCAUCGCAUUUACGGCUCGAUCAAAGUGGAUUAA